AUGGCAAAGCAAAACUGGGAAAAUUACGAGCUACAGAAAAAUAAAGUAAAAUCUCUAGUGGCGACAAAAAUUCUGAAGAUACUCACGAAACACGAACAAGCCCUACAAGAAAGCGACAACAAAAGCCGUUGCUUUUGGAGAUAUGUGCGAUCUCUCCAACCACACGAGGAUUUUGAACACAACACAAUAGGGAGUGGAGAAGACCAAUGGACCACUGAAGAAGAAAUCACCGAGGGAAUGACUAAAUACUUUCAGGGACUUCAAGCCUCCCUCUACAACAGACCGAGGACACAGGAGGAAACAUCCCUACGACCUCAGGAACAAUUUGACCGCAGCAUUCUUGAACCAAUAGCGCCCGGUGAACUGCAGAGACAUAUUAAUAAACUAGAAGCAGGAAAGGCAGUAGGUCCAGACGACAUCCCCAACGAGUUCCUGAAAAAGCUUAAACCGGUAGCAGAGAAGCACCUAAGGUACCUUUUAAACAACAUGCUGGCAAAAAGUGCUGUUCCUGAAGCCUGGAAACAAGCCAAAAUAAAACUAAUCUACAAAGGAAACGAUAAAGACAAGAAAUCAUUAGACUCAUACAGGCCGAUAACAAUACUAAGUAAUGUUUACAAACUCUUUGCAUCAAUUCUGCAAGACAGACUGCAGAGACUCUGUGAGAAAGCCCGCCUUUUCAGCGAGGCACAGAAUGGAUUCCGUAGGAACCGGCGGGGCAGCGACAACUUAUUCACUGUCACACAACUAAUAGAGCUAAAAAAUCUAGAUAGGUCACCACUCUACCUGGCUUACCUUGCCUUGGAAAAGGCCUAUGAUGCAGUGCCCCAUGAGAAGAUGUGGACGAAGUUAGAAGCGAUGGCACUGGAUGUUCAGACAGUAUCGCUCUUCAGAAACAUGUACGCCGGAUGCAACGCCAGAUACAGUUUGGGAGAACAUUUAUCAGGGCAGGUGAACAUGAUUGUGGGUCUGCGCCAAGGCUGCCCCCUUUCUCCAACCCUGUUCAACAUCUACAUCAACAAUCUCAUUCUGGAGCUGCAAGCCAAAGGGCAGGGUGUUUCUUUCACAACCAUUACCUCCAGUAAUGAUAUGGAAACAACUUAUAUUCCAGUACUGGCCUUUGCUGAUGAUAUACUCCUGUUAUCAGAGAAUGAAACUCACCUUCAAGACAUGCUCGAUAUCUGCACUCGAAUUGGGAAUGAAGAGGGAUUCAAAUUCAGUAAGGAAAAAUCAAAGUGGAUGGGCUAUAAUGUUCACGAGCUUAACCACACGUUUAGAGUACAGGAGGUGGAAGUAGAACAUACCAAGGAAUACAGGUAUCUGGGAGUGACUUUUCAAGAAGGCCCGCUGUACUUAGAACUACACGAGAGGAACACCCUAAAAACCUCCAACAUCCGAAAAGGUCACAUGUGGAACAUGGCAAAGUAUUCCUAUAACCCAUACACCCUUGCGAGGGCACUGUGGAAGAGUGUCGCAGUACCGGCGGUCACCUAUGCUAACGACGCAGUGGUCUUCCAACAGACCACCCUGAAGACACUGGAUCGCCAUCAAGUGGAAAUCGGGAGGUGGGCACUGGGCGGAAACGGGGCAACUGCAAACCUGGCCGUCACGGGAGAGAUGGCCUGGUCGACUUUCAAGCAACGGGAUGCAAGGGCCAAACUCGGAUACCUCGGGCGCCUGAUUCACAUGCCAGACGAAGCGUACGCCAAAAGGACAUUCCACUACGUUAGAUACCACAGCAGCAGGACGAACUGGUCAAACACCAUCGCCAGGCUCGACUCUGUGUACAGCAAAGGGACAAGGCGACAUGAGGCCACAUCGGAGAAAGGAUGGCUCAAGGCUGUGACAGAGGAGGUGAACGCGAUUGAACUUGAGGCCUGGAGACAAGCGGUGAGGAAAAAGCAGAGCCUCCAGAGCAUCUACGCGCUCCACAAGCCUGAGCCGUCUCCCUGCACUUACCAUCGAGGGGACCAUGAAAGUGCGCUACUGUUCCAGGCACGGGUAGGAGCGCUGAUGACAGGCUGCCGACGUGCCCAACUCUUCGGAGACACCGACACAGCCUGUCAUCUGUGCGGGCAGUCAAGCGAGGACGUCCACCACGUGCUGCUGUGGUGCCCUGCCCUAGACCACUGUCGACCGCCCUGGGCGACCAGCGAAGAGAGGAUUCCCGAAAUGCUGGGAUUCGGGGAAGGAGCCCACGGUUCACUAGCCACCAAGCGCAUUCUCGUUGAAUGGGAGAGACUACGUCUGAUCGCCAACCAGUGAAAGUGUGCCAAAAGUGGGAAAAGCUAAAACAAAACAAGAACUAAAACUUUUACCUGUGUCGGCAAUUUGAACUUUUGCUGACCCCCCUGUCUCAAAAGGGGUUAGGUACCGCCAACUAACUAA